AUGUCUCGAGCAUCCCAGAUCACAUUAGCGACCACCUGCACAAUCGCGAUUGGCACCGUUGCAUUCGUCCACUUUUCGCAGAAACAGGACAAAGCUGCCAUGCACGCCGGAGUUAUUCGUGACUACGAGCAGCAAAGAGUCAAACGUGAACGACAAGCCGACUUCGAGAUGCAGAAAGCGCUUCAAGAGGAAUACCUGAAGUACCAGACGGUCCACGAUAGUAGUACACCCGAACCGCCACAAGGAUCUCCGGGGAGAUAG